UUCCAAAAGGCAAGCAAUUAAACUGGAAAAACCCAAAGUAGGUGUUGAGCACCAAGAAAUUCUGAGAAGCUACAUCCAAUGGCAGCUGCAGGUUUGGGUACAUGCUCUUGCACAGAAUUUCAAUUCUCUUGGAGUAGCAUUUGGAUCUAUGAUAUCAUUUGCUAGCUAUAAUCAUUACAACAAUCAAUUCCUAAUUGACACUUUAGCUGUAUCAACAAUAAAUGCCGUUACAAGCAUUCUUGUUGGUCUCUUUGCUUUUGCAACUAUUGGGAAUAUUUCUGUAGAGUUGGAUAAGCCAGUAGAAGCUGUUAUUUCAGAUGGUCCAGGUCUUGUGUUCAUUGUAUAUCCACAGGCAAUGGCUAAAAUGCCAGCAUCUCAGCUGUGGGCUGUUCUCUUUUUCUUCAUGUUGCUGUGUCUCAGCUUGAAUAGCCAGUUUGCUAUAGUCGAAGUUGUUGUUACAUCCAUACAGGAUGGUUUCCCAAACUGGGUCAGGAAAAGACUUAUGUGUCAUGAGAUGCUGGUACUGAUAGUGUGUGCUAUAUCAUUCCUUUUUGGUCUUCCACAUGUUACACAGGGUGGUAUCUACUUCUUCCAGUUAGUAGAUCAAUAUGCUGCUUCAAUAUCAAUAAUGUUCUUGGCAUUCUUUGAAGUGAUUGGAAUUUCUUGGCUGUAUGGUGCCCACAGACUUGCAAGAAAUGUAAAUGAUAUGACUGGCAGGUUUCCUUCACUUUAUAUAAGAUUUUGCUGGUGGGUAGCAGCACCCGUUCUUUUGAUGUGUGUGUGGGUAUUCUGCCUCAUAGAUUAUGAGUCUCCCACAUACAACAACGGAGAGUAUAGGUACCCAGUUUGGGCAGAAGUGCUUGGUUGGUGCAUAGCAUCAGCAUCACUCCUGUGCAUACCAGCAUUUGCUGUUGUUGUUGUAAUUAAGGCUGAGGGAUCAACACUUAAAGAAAAGGUAAAGAACUCCAUCAGGUCUCACAUAAUAGAAUGUGAACAAUGUGGUAGUGAUAGAUGUGAACAUUUAAAGCAAAACAAGGAGCAGCCACGGGAACUGUUAACAUUACUUGAUAAUAAAACUGAAUCUCAGCUAAACCAAAUUAUAACUGUAACCACACCUUAAAAACAUUAGAGUGUUUCCUAAGUGCUGGGCUUGCUCUUUUGAAAAACAGGUGUCCAGCAGUAUUAAAAAGACAUGCUUCAAAAUAGAAGUAUUUCCUCUAUAAAGGAUAUUAUAUAAAGGAGAUUAACUGUUGUGAACAUUGACUUAGUGGAAUUUAAAUUAUUGUUGUUUCUGCACUGCAGUUUGUGUGUUUACAACAGGUUAUUUUGUAAAUGACAGUUGUACCAGAUACAAAACCAUUUUAGAAAAACUUUGUCUCUCAUGCAUUCCCUGUGCCAUCAAACUUGCAUUUUACCUCAUUGUAGAUGGUUCAAAAGUUAUAUCAUUAUCAUGUGUAGUUAAAAUCCAUACUUCAUGAAGCUUAUAAAUAUAAAGAUUGUAAGUGUAUCAUAUUUUUUAAGUUCUCUUGAUUAGAUAAGAUGAUCUGUCCAAAUACUGUACUGUAGUAAUCAUGCUGUUAAUUGAGCACUGUAAGAUUAUCAUCCCAUUGUAGGAAAUAUUGUAUGUAUGUACUGUGUUCAAAGCAUUGUGGUAUUUAUCACAUUUGUAAAUAUGUAGUUUUUUGAUCUUUAGAUAUUGGAUACACACAAUUGUAUGUUGCUAUAUUUACUUAUAUAAGACUUUAUUGUGCAGAAAGAGGCUGAUAACUUAUUUCACUUAAGUAGUUCUAACUUCCCUCAAACUUGUCAUUCAUUGAUUGUCAAUCAGAAACAGAGUCCAAAUUUCGGAGUCCUGAGCCAAAUGUGACCUGACAUUAUGUACAAACUCCUAAAACUGAACUGCAAAAUGUUAUUCCUAAAAGUUUGCCACUUCAGUCAUUUUACUAUGAACUAGUCACAGUCAUUUCCUGUCAUGUACUACGGUUGAUUGUUUCCUCUCCAAUCUCUUGUAAGUUAAUUGAUUUAUCUUUCCCCAUUAUUUCUGUGAAAUAAAAUGUGACAUGAGUGUGGUA